CGGAACAACGAACCGGGGCAGCGCUCAAAUUGCGGUUCGAGUCGAACGUUUCUAGCAGGUGGAACGAUGGAUUCUGGUCAAAUCCGCGAAAAGAAGGCACGCGAUGGGAAGCGUAAAUAUUUACAUGUUUUGAGUGUUUUCGGGGGUAAUUUUAAUUUGUAACGAUGAUAGACGGGAACAUUUCCAUGGAGGAGGACACCGAGUUGAGGGACCUGGUGGUGCAGACCCUCGAGAAUAACGGCGUCCUAGCGAAAGUGCGGGCGAAGCUCCGAGCCAGCGUCUUUUUGGCUCUGGAGGAACAGGAGUCCGUGAUGAAUCCUGAGCCUCUUCUCAACAAAACAGUUAAACAGUACCUGGGUAAUUCAGAAGGAAAAUUGUUAUUUUCACUAGUUAGGGAGUUUCUAGAAUAUUUUGGUCUUGAAUAUACCAUAUCUGUAUACGACCCGGAGACAUAUAUCGGGAAGGAUUACAACUAUGCAGGAAGAAGUAAAUUGUGCGAAGAGCUGGGUAUCAAUUCAACUGAGCCAUUGUUAGGAGAACUUCUCAAGCACAGUAUUAACAGUGCCUUCAACAACUCCCGAAAGAACGAGACUGGCGAUAGCAAACUUAACAAAACGGUCGAGACGUCGACACAUUUUUCCAAUUCCACAUUUGAAGUGACUGUACCAAAAAUGCUUCACAAGGAUUCAACAUCCUUCUCGAAUGACAACGACUCAUCGGAGAGAAUGGAAAGCAUUUCGGAAUCAAGCCCAAAGAUUCCAAUAAAUGUGACAAUAACUGACAAGAAGAAAGGUGAAUGGACCGGAGAUGACACACUGAACGAUAACUCAAACUAUAAGGAACAGAAAAACAUUCUCAGGGAAACUAAUAAAAAUUUUGAGAAUUCCUCCAUUGCCGAUGGAAUUGACAGUAAAGGGAACAAUAAUGUACAUUUCAGUAAGACCUCCACAAACUCAAAAGACAAGAGCACGGUAUCGAACUAUGUGCUUCAAGAGACUGACGUUAAUGCAUUGAACGAAACGAAUUUACUGAAUAAAACUGAUCCAUUAAUUAAGUUCGACGAGUCCAUAGAUAAUCAAAUCCAAAUUAAUCAAAAUGAAGAUGCUUCUAAGCAGAACAUCGUUAAUAGUAUGGAAUUGCAGAACGUAAAUAUGAAUGUACAAAAUAUAAAACAAAUCAGUGUGGAGAACAAUAUGGGCAAGAGGGUUUUUUUUGAUGAGAUAAUUAUCGACGGUAAAAAGGAGAAGGUUGAUGCAAUUUGUAAGACCGAAUCGUUACUGGGAGAGCUGCCAUCUCUAGCACCCAAGACUAAUUCAAUAUUUAGUGAUCUGCCUCCACUGAAUACAAAAAAGACUAAUAUAAACGAUUUAAAAGAAUUGAUGGAUCUUGCAAAUGAUGGAGUCGACAAUUACGAGGAAGAUUUUAUCUCAUCGGCUUCAGGAAGUGCUAACGAGCAAAGUCCUUCAAAGGUUCCAGAGAAACUUGACAGUCCUGUGUCAAUAAAAUCGCAUAAGAAAGAUGACAGAGUGCACAGUAUGCAAAGCGAGGAUGUGAGCGAAGACAUCGAGGAAAUAUGUAGCAGCACAUCUUGUCCAAGUGUUUAGCAACAGUUUUCUUGAAGACAUCCUUGUGGGUAAUUCUAUAUCCAACAUUGCCGUUGGUAUUACUACAAGAUGUACCAAGGAAGUGUCAUUUUUAAUCCUUUUGUUGUAGAGUUACAUUAAGCACGGUAGAAAGGUGAAUUUCACGUAAGCUUUGUUGAGCGUUAUCCUAAAAUCUGGACACAAUUGAUGUCCAUGGUGGGUGUCCGAUCGGCACUUAGGACAAGACACUGCCAGAUGUAGCUCAAUACUUAUAAGUUGCGCUGCAAAAGAACGUAGAAGGAAACCGUCUGAAUGCAUUUGACUCGCAGGCAUCGAGUUUUUACCUAUUUUAUACAGAUUUUAACACGUAUCGAACGAAAUAUUUUUCUACAUUUUGUAGCGUAAGCAAAGUUAAUCUAUAAAUAAUCAAUGUUAUAACAACGUGUAGCUCUCUCUCUCUUUUCUCUUCUCUCAAGCAUUGACAUACGGGAAAUUCUGUAAAUUGGAGAGGUGAUUUAUCGACACCAUUGACCGACAGCAAGUUGAAAGUAUCCGAGCUGAAUUGCUCGUGUCAAACCAGUCUUACCGAUAGCGCUUAGUUUCAUUUCCACGCCCAUUUAGACAACCUUCCUCCUGCGUUAUUCUGUAAAUGCGCUUAGUAUUACUAUUCUGAUAACUAAUUUAUGUAGAAAACAAGAGUUUAAAGUACUUUAAGGUUCGCAAGUGCACCGACUCGAAGAGUCUUGGCGUGCCUCAUUGACGAUCCAAUUAUUGUCUCGUUGCAAAAUUCUCGGAGGUAAUCUUGCGCCUUGUCGGAGGAAUUCCUGCGUCUGAUUUAAUGACUGAACGGCGCAUUACCUCAUUUAACUAAAGUUACUGAUGAAGAUGUCCUGGUAGGGAUAUCGAUGAAUUAUCCGUCUGACAGUGGAUUGCCUAAAAAGAAAUUGCAUUAUUUUUUCGAAGACAAUGGUGCUAAAUGUUUGAACCUGAAAUCAUUUACGGGAGUUAAAGUUGUCAGAGGAAAAAGAAAACAAAUUAGGUGCUCACAUAUAUUUUCUUGCAUCCGUAUUUUGGUGGUUCAUGUCCCAAGAGUCGAGGGAGGGAGGAAAAAGGGGAAACUAUAGACUGCGACCUUAAUUUUUGGGCAAUCCAGUAAGAUGAAAGAAAAGUGGAUAGAGAAAGAAAGAAAAAAAGAAAAAAAAAAAAGAGAAACUGAAACAAUGCAAGUAUAGUUACGCCCUGAAUAAGAUGCAAUAACUAAGUACAAUUUAAGGUGGAUCAACUGGAUGCUUGACAAAUCAAAAUCCUUUUGUAAAAGUGUAUAGUUCUUGCCGUCUUUACAAAAGAAUUUUCAUUCACGAGUAGAAUCUUACGAGGCGAGGUAUCAUGGCCAGUUCAAAUGAAGCGAUUUCAAAAUCACAGACUAAGUGGUCACUCGCUGCGGGUGGCUCGAGAAGAAUUACUUACUUAUGUUUACGAUGUACCGAUGCAUUUAUUUCUUUGCGUAAAUCAAAAUCACUUCAGACGUGGGAAACGUCAAUCAGGAGUUUUGGCAACGAUGUCUCGGUUGACAAAGCACCGAAGAAUUGAUUAAGACCUCUUCCGAGUUGUGAAGUAUGCUAAUGAAAUCACUUAGUUUGACUGAACCUUUGUCCUAACGUAUGCAUAAAAAACAGGUGUGUUCCUGGCCAAUCAGCGUGGUUACAUUUUAUUAUCCAUACGGAACAUACGACGAAAUAAAUGAAGUUCAGGACUGUACCAGACAUUCCGAGACAUCGUAGUACAUAGGUUAUGAUCACAUUCCAUUGAUGUUAAGAUAUUCUUACUGUAACCAGCUGCCGAUAACAAGCGUGUGUACGAGAUGAGUAUUUUUCACUGUAGUACCUAAGAGAAUAUUUUAGCGAGUGUCUUGCGUGUUGGGUCCUUUUUAAAUUGUAUUCAGAUUCGUACAUGACACACGGUGGUUGUAAAACACAUAGAAUGUCUGUGACGAUUUUGUCAUUGAUAUCGCGUCACUUGACUUUGUAACCCUUCUUGACCGUCGAAGACAAGUGUCAGAGGUUAUGGGAAUCCUUUCUAUUUCUCUAAAGUGGUUUGCCUUAAUUUCUCAUGACCAAGAAACCGUUGCACUGCAAAUUUGUUAAGCUAUAUGUAGUCCUACAGUCGAAUGCUGUCGACUACUGGACUUUGACGUUCAUAAGAUACUUUGACUUCAAAGCGCAGUGAAAACAUCCUGACUAUCGAACGGACGUUCGGAUUAUUUUUUCUAAAUGGCCACAGAUAAUCAUUUUGUAACCACGUUGAAUUAUUGGUAGCUAUAUCGUGCCUUUUAGCGUGUAUGGAUAUUUAUAAAUAAUGCAAAUAAACACUGGAAUUGUGGGUUUUUAUGACACCUAUGUUACUUAUUUAUGAUUUUCAACGACGAUGUAACGAUGUUCAUGUACUUGUUAUUUAUUUUAUAAAGAUUUUUCUCUUUUGCA